CCCGCGCUCUCUCCCGACACACUUUCCAACUUGAACUUUCCACCUCCACAAACUUGUGCCAACUUUACAUAGUACAGUACAUCGAAACCCUUAUUUUUACUUACCAACCUGCCCACUUUCCACCGUUAAACCUAAAAACCUUAGCAAAGUCCAAGCUACAGUACUUCCAACUACACCUGGGCAUACUUGGGUACCUACAGUACUAGGUAGGCACGUACAGCGUACAGUACCUACCAGUGCUACCUACCUUACAUACAUACAGACCUACCUGCUGCCUACCUCGCUCCCUGCCUCCCUGCCAACAUCACCCCCAUUUACACACUCCACAACUCACACUCUGACAUCCCAUCCUUCACAUCCUCUAACAAAACCUACCCUAUUCUAUCACCUCCAAAAUUAUCACUUUUUCGUCUUCAUUACAGUCUGGAUCCUCAUCGUCUUCCAUCGCCUUUUCUAACUUUCGGCUACUUAGCACACACAUAUCGAAAAUGGCGACCGUGGAGAUGAGCCCCCAGUCUGCGCAUUCUCCCCCAGGAUCAGAGGCUAAGCGCCCCAGAGGUAUCCUGAAGAACUCCUACCAAAAAUCACCGCCGCCAGAGUCCCCUGUUAAGGAGAAGGACCUGUCCGACAAGGAAAUUACCAUUAUCAAUACCCAAACCAACGCUGGCCAUCGCCGUUCUUCAAGUGCUGCUAGUCGUCCAGCAGGAUCUCGCCGCCAAUCUUCUCUCCCCCCUGCCCAAGUUGGCGAUUUUAUCGAUGUGGACAGCAACCAGCGCCUAAAAUGGGACGAAGCGAAUCUCUAUCUUACUGAACAAGAGCGCACUGCCACCAUGAAGAUUACUGAGCCAAAGACUCCAUAUGCCCGUCAUUACGAGCCUUCGGAAGAUGAGGAUGAUGAGAUGUUGGAUGGAGAAAACUCGCGAAGGGAGGAAAUCCCUGGGCUAUCCCUUGGUGAACCAGAGGAAGAGGUCCCCGAAGACGAUUUUGGAUCCUCGCGCAAACAAAGCAAGGUCCAUGUUAACGACGAGGAUGCGACCCCACUACACGACGCCGAGAAUGAGUAUCUUGGCAUGACCCCCGAGGAACGCGAGAAGCACCGUAAGUUCGAGCUGCUACGAAAGAAACAUUAUGAAAUGAAGGACGUGGCCAAAUUUCUCGGCCACCCAGAAUCCCUCGACGAACUCGACGACGAAGAAGUGCCUGCUAUGCCAACUAUUAACGGUGCCAAGGUGGGGGCGGGCGACUAGAAAGGCGAGUUAAGUAACCUUUAUCCAAGGGCAUAUCCUUCUUUGCAAUAGAAAAACCGAGGAUAUUGGAACGAUGACGAAUAUUUGGUGAUGGUGAUAUGCAUGCUGGACGGAGUUCAUAGGCCGGGUGGAAUAUUUUUCCCUUGAUUUUUCU